UAUACGUUAAAACAAGCACAGCACCUAGUCCAGCCGUCGACGUCGAGCUUGCUCCUCUCCGCCGCGCACCGCCGCCGCAACCGAACGCUCCCGUCGGUGGUCAGCCCUCUCAGCGGUCUCUCCUCCACCGCCAACUUCGACAAGAACCUCCACGAAGGCAAGCUUCCGGGUUAUGCUACUUCUGUCCAGGCUUUCUUAUCAAGAUGCGAUGUUCUUUUCGCAACUGCAGGAUUUGAGCAAAGCUCAAAUGACGCUCUAUUUUGGUUGUCCUGUGUUGCUAGUGACGGUUCAGCUAUGAUGUUUAGCGCACCGAUGGCGACGGAGUUCAUCGCGUUCGACGAGCAUCCCUUGCACGCCAUGUGUUUGAUGGAAGUUCCAGUACGAAUGGCAUUGUGAUAUCCAAUAUUUGCUGCAUUCGUGGUGACCAGCACAGUUAUUAGAUGAUUGCUAUCUGGCUCAUUCUGCUGAAAGCCCAAUGUGGAUCAUCUCUUUGUGAGUGGCGGUGAGCGCAUUUUUUUAUUUCGCCUGAGCUGCGAUUAGACUAAGAAGUUUGCUGCAAUGGCCAGUCGAAUCAAAUGGUCUAAUAAAAUUACGACGUCCCAAGUAGAGCAGCUUAUUAGGGCUGAAAGGGACGUACAGAGGGCAAUGCUGAUCUUUGAUUCGGCAACGGCAGAGUAUAGUAAUGGUUUUCGUCAUGAUGAGAAAACCUUUAGUCUUAUCAUAUCAAAAUUGGUCUCUGCAAAUCAAUUCUGGACAGCGGAAGAGCUUCUUCAGAGAAUGAAAGAAGAGCAAUGUAAUCUUACAGAAGACAUAUUUCUCUCCAUCUGCAGAGGCUACGGGCGGGUUCACAGGCCGCUGGAUUCAUUGAGGGUAUUCCAGAGGAUGAAGCGCUUCCAAUGCAAAACUUCACCCAAAUCAUACGUCACUAUUUUGGAUAUACUUGUUGAGGAAAACCAAUUGAAACUAGCUCUUAGAUUUUAUAAACACAUGAGGGUGAUUGGUGUAUCACCUACGGUUGCAUCCCUCAAUGUUUUGAUCAAAGCUUUGUGCAAGAAUAGUGGAACGAUGGAUUCUGCCCUUCAGAUAUUUUAUGAGAUGCCAAAUCGUGGAUUUAUUCCAGAUUCAUAUACAUAUGGUACUUUGAUAAAUGGAUUGUGUAAAUGGGGGAGAAUUGGUGAUGCCAGGAAAUUGUUCGAAGAGAUGGAGACAAAAGGUUGUUCACCUAGUGUAAUCACCUACACUUCAAUGAUUCAUGGUCUCUGUCAAUCUGAGAAUUUAAAUGAAGCUUUUGGAUUGUUUGAACAGAUGAUGGGCAAAGGUAUUGAGCCUAAUGUGUUUACUUUCAGUUCAUUAAUGGAUGGAUUUUGCAAGAGUGGGUGUUCUUCUCAAGCAAUGGAGUUUUUGGACAUGAUGGUUAGGAAACGGCUGAGGCCCAAUAUGAUAACUUACAGCACUUUAAUCCAUGGGCUUUGUAAAGAAGGGAAAGUUUAUGAAGCUUUGGAGACUCUUGACAGGAUGAAGCUUCAGGGUUUGAAACCAGAUGCGGGACUAUAUGGCAAGAUCAUUGCUGGCUUUUGCGACAAGUGCAAAUUUCAGGAGGCUGCCAACUCCCUUGAUGAGAUGAUACUAGAAGGAAUCUCUCCCAAUCGUUUAACUUGGUCUAUUCAUGUCAGAAUCCACAAUGCAGUUGUUCAAGGCCUUGCUGGUCAUGGUGAAAUAAAUCGUGCUUAUCAGCUUUACCUAAGCAUGCGCCAGGGAAUUUCUAUUGAUGCUUCAACUUUCAGUACUCUUGUUCGAUAUUUCUUUAGGAAAGGAGAUAUAGAUAAAGCUGCUCAAGUGUUUGAGGAAAUGAUGGGUGAUGGAUGUGCUCUGGAUGAGGAAACAUGGAAGGCAGUUGUAGAAGGAUUUGUGCAUUGGGAGAAAGGGAAAGAGGCUGCUGACUUAUUGCCUGAAUUGAUUAGAGAACAAUGAAAGAAGCAGACAAGACUAUAAGGAUAUGAUCAGGAUCCUGUAGCAUCCUGGUAACAUCAUCUCUGAGCAAAUUGGAGAAACAGAAAGAUUGCAAAUAUGAGAAAUAUAGCUGUUUGGAGCUAAUAAACAAGCACUAUGGUCUUUGAAACUCUGACUUCUGUGAG